GGCCCUGACCCUGCCCCUUUCUCCGGGACUCCCCUCUCUGGCCCCGCCCCAACCCCCCAGCCGGGGAUGGCAGGCGUGCUGUUGACGCAUGCGCCGAGUCUGCUGUCGGCGGCCGGCUUGCGCUUCGCUCGGAGCUGAGGUCCGGGCUUGCGGCUCCUCCGGCGACGGGAGCGCCGCCAGCAGCGUUCUCAGCACCCUUCUUGCUGCCGCUCGCAGCGGAGGGAGGGAGGGAGCGGGGCGGCAGCAGCGGUCCCGUCGUCCGGCCGCCGGCGGAUGCCCGUGCGCUCGGAUCGGAAGGGCCUCUUUGUGUGGAUGGGAAGGAUGGAGCUGGAGGAGCAGUGGUGGAAGGGGCAGCUGGCCGGCGACAUCCACCAGGCGCUGAGAGUCAAGGAACUGAAGCUGCCUGUCUACAAGGCUCAUUCACCACAGAUUGGCUUGCGCCGCUAUUUUGCUGACCUCCUCGCCAUCCUGAGCAAUCGCUACCAGCUAUGCCCCACAGCACGUCACCUCGCUGUUUACUUACUAGAUCUCUUCAUGGACCACUACGAUGUUGCGGCAAAGCAACUUUAUGUCAUUGCCCUUUCUUGUCUCCUUCUAGCUAGCAAAUUUGAAGAGAAAGAAGAUCGGGUGCCAAAGUUGGAGCAGCUCAACAGCUUGGGCUUCAUGAGCAGCCUGCAUCUGGUGCUGAACAAACGAGAUCUGCUCCAGAUGGAGCUUUUGUUGCUUGAGACUUUCAACUGGAACCUCUGCAUGCCCACAGCUGCACACUUCAUCGACUACUACCUCUCAGGCUCGGUCCACGAGAGUGACCUCCACAACGGUUGGCCGCUUACCUCUGUUGCCAAAACCAAAGCCUUCAUGGAAAAAUACGCUCAUUAUUUUUUAGAAGUGUCUCUUCAAGAUCACAACUUUCUGAGUUUUCGUCCAUCACUGGUAGCUGCGGCCUGCAUAACAGCAUCCCGCAUUUGUUUACACAUCAGUCCAUCCCUGACCUCUCAUCUUCACCUGCUGACUGGAUAUACGUGGGAGCACUUGACUCCAUGUGUUGAGCUCAUGCUGAUUGCCCAUGAUAAUGAUGUCAAAGAAGCCAACAAAACCAAAGGACAACAGUCAGCUCUACAGCAGCAAACAGCAGUACAACAGCAGCAUCAACACCAAUCCUCACCACAGCUCCUGUUCCAGCAGGCUCCAUACCAACAUCUCACCCAGAACUCCUCAUCCCAGCUGGUACAGUUCCAUUCACCUUUGCAACCUCAGGCUUCAAUACAGGCCCAUAGAAGCCAUGUGCAGGGCCGCCGGGCCACCAUUGUCUCAGGAAGUGCUGGCAGCAACUAUACUCUACAGUCGUACCCAAGUUUGCAGGCCAGUUUACAGCCCACAGUAAGAGCAUUGCCUGUUCAGGGACCCAUUGCUAUGCAGGUUGCUAUAACCACAGAGCCCAGACACUGCAUCACUGUGGCUUAUGGUAGUAAUUUUUUAAGUGGACAUCACACAUACACAACUGGCUGCUUUGACAGAUGACAGUAAUUGCCCACAAGUUAUUUUUCAACAUCCUUCCGAACUGUUAAGUGCCAUCUACUUCUUGGCCUUGGAUGCCAUCUCUCAGAAGAGAUGCAAUUUGUUACAUGGAUUGAACUUUUUAUUUUGGAUAUGCAAAAGAGUGCAUUAACAGUGUAGCUUGUUUAAAUUCCCUGUGAUGGAAGUAUGCUCAUUAUUUUAGACUCAAAGAAUGCCCCAAUUUGGUAUUCUGAAUGAACAUUUUUGAGACAAAGUAGUCCAAUGGGAUGUCAGGAAGCCAUAUAAAAUAUUUUGAUAGAUUUGAAGUAAAGAUCUUUUUUUUUGUAAAGAGCAUUUUUAAGCUGCUGCCUUAACUCACAUAAAGGGCUGUUAUUACUGUGACAUUUUUAUAUUGUUUACAUGAAAGCUAUUUAGGGGGCAUGCUUUUUUUUUACUUGAAGACAAUGCUAUUGCCCCCACUUGUUUUAAUUUAUCACUGGCUGCCUGUGAUGUUCUGGUGUAUAACCCAGGGAGUAUUGAGACAUUUCCAAGUGCAAUAUGGUUUAUAUCUUAGCUGUACCUACACUUUAUACUGUUUACAGCACUGUACCUUGUUUCAUUUGCAUAACAGGCAAAGCAGUGAUGUAGAUAUCCACCUCUUGUAUUAAGAAUACUACUAAUCACAGUAACAAUCAUAACCAUACCAGACAAUGAUUUACUCUCACAUUUGUGAAUUUGCAGGGAAAUGUGGGUGGAUGUGGAUGAUCUGAGAGCUGCUUUCACUGAGAUAUAUUGCUGCUCUUCAGCAAGGAUAGCCUACUGAAAAUUGGAAGUUUAAAAGUGGAGCUAUUUAGGGGAUAGAUUAAUAAAACAUUAAACACUUUUUUUCAAUUCGUCACCGUCUGUUUAGUAAAGGGAUCAAGAGAAGUCUGCUGGUUUGUUGAAGGUGCAUCCAGGGAGCUGACAUGACCAAACUAGGAAAAGCUGCAUGUACAAAUGCAAGGGUGAACUCAAUAAUUCAGAUCUCAAGAUCCUACAGAAGGGAAAAAAUUAUUAAAUACCUCUUUGCGGUCUUGUUCACAAGCAUAAAUGCAUGACAAUUACCUCAGGGUAACUGGUUUGCAUUCAAGUUCCAUUGUAUUGAAGAUGACAAUGAUGGUGCUAGAGUAUAGCAUACCUUCACAAUUUACAUUUUGUAUUUUUUAUGUUGAUGUAAAAGAAUCCAGAGGCUUUAACUGCUAUUUUUAAAAUGCCUAUUUUUGAGAACUUUGCUUGAUUGUCUUAAAUAGACUUUAUUGUAAACUAACAAAUGAAAUUCAUUUAAGCAGUAAAGUUCUAAAUCUUGCAUUAAUGAUAUGUAAAUUAGAACUCAGAUCUAACAACUAGCCAUUACCUUCAUAAAUAUUUUUUGUUUUAGUAACUAUGCAGCAGUUUUCAUUUUCGGUGCCCUCUUAUUUAAUUCUCGUAAGGAGAACAGUAGUAUAUAUAUAAAAGUCUGGCAGUGUAGUAUUCUUUGUUAAUUUUUUAAGUACUCCUAUAUAAGUCAGUAUUACUAUCUGAUUGAAGAAGCAAGCUAUUACUUGGCUCUGUCCUGCACAAUUUCACCCCAACCCUCCAACGGUUGAGGUUGGUCUUGAAAAAAAGCUUCAGGACCCUAAGUUAAUGAGGUAGAAAUUAGUCCAAACUCCCAUUUCAGUUACUUAUCCUGAAGUUCACUGCAGGAUUGUGCAUAUGUGGUCAGAAUGAGGCUGGGCAGUGAUGGUCUCUGUGACUGAAUUUCUCACUAACAGUCCACAUUCACCCAUGAAGAAUGACCAAAAUAGCAGAGGGUUUACAUCUCCAAGAAAGGAAGGGGAAGGGAGUUUUAAAACUAAAUCUUUUCCUAAUUUGUUUGAUGGAAACCCUAGCCAUGAUUCUGAAUUUGUUGCUGAAUAUCUGUCGUUUUCUUCGUCACCACGCAAAAGUAGGGAGACUUGUUUAAAAUCUUCAUUUGUUUUUUAAUGCAGUGAAAAUUUUAGGUUCCUUCAACACGUGAAUAGUGCAAUGAUCUUCUAGUUUUGGUUAAAUAUCUAAGUCAUUGUUUUUUCCCCUUCGUGUACAUCAUGGCCUAGUCCAGUGAACUGGUCGCUUCCAUGUAUGUUUUGCUGGGGAUUGUGUGGAAUGGAAUACAAGCAAACACAUACCAAAUAAUUUAGUGGCAUGAAGUUUAAUUUAGAACCACAGUAGUUUCUGGAAAUGCUUCAAUGCUAGUAAGUCCCACUCCAAGAAAGUCACUCCAGCAUGGAAUACAAAUGCUACUGUUACAAAUGAUGAAACAACUUUACAUUUACCCAUGACAGGUUAUCACACACAAUUAUUUUGGAUCAAUCAUCAAAAGUGAGCAGCUGUUGAUUGAUUUGCCAUCAGCACGGAGCUGUUACAUGUGUUGGAGCAGCCAGAGGGCAAGCUCUGAUUUCUGUUCCAUUCCUUAGCUGACAGCACAAUUAGAGACAGCUGGAAUUCAUUCAGCGUGCUGUCAUGACAUCACUGCACUUGCCAUCAAAUGUGUGCUGAGUAAGCAGCUUGUACUUUUUUAGUAUAGAGAUAGUUUUAGUAUGUCCAGAAAUUCAACUUUUGAUAAAUUAUUUAUUUUUUUAAAGAGCUUGUUAAAUAUAACACCGGGAUGAACUCCCAUGCAGAACCUUUUUUUUAAAACCUCUGAUCAAUUUCUGACCUCAAUCUGCCCAAAGUUCUUGGUUUGUGUGGUGUUCUUUUAUAGCUAAAAUAUUAUUUUUAAACUAAACUAAACAAUCUCAUCAUAAAACACAUACAUUGAGGGAUGACUCACCCAGCAGUUUUCACAUGUAAUGGUGUUUAAAGUGCCUUCUGCAUUUAAGUAUUGACAUUUUUUUUAACACUUAAUAAAUAUAAAUUGUGCAGCAUACUAUCAAAGGUAUAAUAAAUGCCUAUUUUAGGCUUACAACCUUUUGCUAAUUGGAAUUAGCAUCUUAUGUUGAGAUGUAAAUCAAUUUAACUGUAUAAAAUAUUGUAUGACGGGGAGUGUGAAUAAAGCCAUAUUGUAUGGCAUGCCAAUUAGGAGGUUGGAAGUCUUCCACAUAAGAUUUACUAGAUUGGUUGACUUAAUGUGAUACUGUCUUCUUUCAAAUGCAGACUUUGUUUGAGACAUUGAGACGACCAGGCACUCGAAUGGGGAUGUAUUAUGUAUGUGGUGUUAUACACACAUCCUAUUCAAUAGACACUACAACCAGUAACUUGUUUACUGAAUAGAAGUAGGGUAAUACACAUUGUAUUAGACAAGAUGGUAUAAUGUAAAAUGCAUUCUAGUGGAUUCAUGAAGGAAUUGCAAAGCUUUGAAAAUCCUACGAUACUGUUAAACUAUAAGAAACCAAGUGAAAUAACUAGUGACCAAAAAUGUUGUAGUUCCAUUCUGUUAUACAAAGCUCAUUUUAUUCCUUACUGUUUUAAAGGGAUGUCUUUAAUUUGGUGAUGUUUGCCAAAUAUCCAUGUAUUUUCAAGAACCAUAAUGCAAGAGUCAGUUACCUGCUGAGUGAUACACUAAUAUUUGCUAGUAUUUAAAUAAAUCUUAGAUCUGGCUAACUGAAGUUUAAAGACAUGACUGAUGUGAAAUCCUGUGUACUUUGCUGAAAAUAAAUGCCAGUCUAUUU